AACAAUGGGGAUUUGACAUUUGAUGGGCCUCUUUCACAGCCAAAACCCAGUAAUUUACAGGGACAACUCGACAAAGACAUCAUUGCUCCACUUUGGACAGACAUGGACAACACUGUUGGUGGAACAAUCUCCUAUCGUCAGGUUACCAGUGGUAGACCCUUACUAGCAGCAACAAGCAACAUAAACCACUAUUUUCCUAAUCUGAACUUCACUGCAUCAUGGCUGUUCAUUGCCACUUGGGAUAAAGUACCAUACUAUAACAAUUUACAAUCGAGGUGCUCUUAUCAAAUUGUUUUGGUCUCUGGUGGCUCUCUGUCUUUUGUCAUGAUGAACUAUGGAAAUAUCUCCUCUACAGAUCAUCGGUUUCAGGCUGGCUAUGGCACAGUAAACUCAACGUAUUACUUUUCCAUCCCUGUACCUGAUGAAAAUAAACUCUUCAACUCCAGCAAUGUCAAUGUGUCGGGACGCUGGGCAUUCCGUGUUGAUGGUGGACCUGAGGAAGGAAUUUUCUACCCAUAUGGAGAUGAGGAUACAAAAAACCCUGCAGCGUAUUUUGGAAGUUCACCUCUGAUACCUCUGGCACAGCCGUUUGUCUACUUUGGGUUUAUUUAUAAUCAACUAUAUUUAUACCCUUUAUCUUCCUGA